AAUAUUGCAAAACUUUUAUUGUAAAUGUGUAUGUGUAUGUUUGUUCUUCGCUCGGAUUUUAAAGACUAAUUUUAGGUGAAUUGGUGCUUUAUUGAGAAGAGUUGUUUUGAGUAUUUUAAACCCCAUUUUACAUGUCUCUAAGCCAUAAAAGCCACAGACUUUGCUUCCUGUGCUCACGUAUAACAUAUAGCUCAGCACACAGCCUCACACAGACCCUGUAGCACACAAGAAGAAAUAUGGCGUAUACGUCACUUAGUGUAUGGGUGCUGAUUACCACGCUAACCUUUACAGGCACAUUAGCAGAAGGUAUGUAUUGGAAUUUUUUCAUGUUAAAUGGAGAGAAUUAUGGACUAUUACAAAUAUGUUCUUAUACUUCUGGCACUCACUGUUGUAAAAUACGAUACACCUUCUCAAAAAACAGUAUACAUGUAAGAUCUUGAAUAUUACUUGAUAUACAAUAUAACAAAAUGUUGCAUGAAUGUGCUGCUUUUACAAUUCUCUACAUUAUAAAAUCAACUUUUAAUAUCCAAUCACUAGAUAAUAUAUUUCACAUAUUCUAUAUGCCCAGAAACAUUUGUGCAUUGAUACAAUAAUGAUGGUAAAAUUUUUAAUAAUAUUAAUAUUGGUUUUUUUUUUCUCCCUGAUGUUUUUUUUCUUCUAUCUUUCCUUGUUUGUGCCUUUUCCCCUUCUGUUGACUCUGAUCUAUUGUCUCUCAGAUAUAAUUAAAGGUGAGUAACACGAUGCUGGUAAUGGUAAAAUAUUGGGCCAUUUUGAUGCUUUGAUGAGAGUAAACUUUUUUUUUUUUUUACCUUAUUUAAUAUUUUUUUUUUUGAUAAGAGCAAAAUGUAGCACUUUCAAGUUUCUAGGUUCUACCUAAUUCCAUGAAAUGAGGGUCAUGUAGUUUAAUUGUUUAUGCUAGGAUUUGCUCAUCCAACAGGCAGUAGAGAUAUGUAGAUGACCAGAUUUUCAUUUAAAAGUUGCAGUUUUGUCCACUGGUUACAAUGAGUAUCCAUGAUAUGUAAUGCAUGUAUGUAACUACUAAUGUGUUUGACUGGAUGUAGCUAUACCAUGUGUGUUUGUAAUGUAGUUCUCGGGAUGAAAAUAUAAUGUUGCCUCUUUAUAAAUCACCGGUAAGACCACUCCUUGAAUAUGCUGUGAAAUUGAAUUAGUAAUGCGUUCGACUGCUUAUGUAUAUGGGUAUGUUAAACUGUAACACAAAUAAUAUGCUUUUUGGUAUAGAAUCAGAAUGAUAGUCAGUAUUGUAAUGUGUUUUUUUUCCCCCAAGUCUGUCCUGUUUAAAGAUUAUUGUUGUAUACAUGUAAGAGCUAUUAGCAGUAGAAAGAGGGAAGUGCUCAUGCCAUUGUACAGAACACUGGUGAGACCUCACUUGGAGUAUUGUACGCAGUACUGAAGACCAUAUCUCCAGAAGGAUAUUGAUACUUUAGAGAGAGUUCAGAGAAGGGCUACUAACCUGGUUCAUGGAUUGCAGGAUAAAACUUACCAGGAAAGGUUAAAGUAACUUAACAUAUAUAGUUUAGAGGAAAGACGAGACAGGGGUGAUAUGAUAGAAACAUUUAAAUACAUAAAGGGAAUCAACACAGUAAAGGAGGAGACUAUAUUUAAAAGAAAAACUACCACAACAAGAGGACAUAGUCUUAAAUUAGAGGGGCAAAGGAUUAAAAAUAAUUUCAGGAAGUAUUACUUUACUGAGAGGGUAGUGGAUGCAUGGAAUAGCCUUCCAACUGAAGUGGUAGAGGUUAACACAGUAAAGGAGUUUAAGCAUGCGUGGGAUAGGUAUAAGGCUAUCCUAACUAUAUGAUAAGGCCAGGGACUAAUGAAAGUAUUUAGAAAAUUAGGCAGACUAGAUGGGCCGAAUGGUUCUUAUCUGCCGUCACAUUCUAUUAUGUUUACCACUUUCUCGUUGCAAACAGUCAAUCCAGAAUGUUGAUUGACAAUUAUUUAUCUGUAUAGAGAGCUGAUCACUAUUACAAUUAUAUGGGCAGAGAGAAUUGUGGUAAAUAAAAGGGGUGCUCCAGGCAACGUAACCACUACAAAUUUGAGGGUUUUGUCUUCUCCAUACAGUUAAAGCGGAAGUUCUCAUUUUACUUUAGCUAUAGCAAUUUUCUGCAGCAAUUCACGGCAUUCGAUGUCUUUAAUAAAGUAUUAACAUCAGUUCGUUAGCACCAACAUUAGAAAGGACAACAUUUUAGAAAACGACAGAACCACAUUAAUAUGUCAUUUGCUGGAACGAUCAGUCUAAUAAAUGCUUGGCCCACUGUAUUUUAUCCUGUCUCUUCUAACUGCUCUUGGCUUUUCUUUGUAUCUUGGUAGUUGAAGAAUUUAAUGGAAAACUGUACCUGAAGUGUCCUAAGAAUGCAACUUCAUGGUUAUUGGACAAUGAAAUUAUAGAUGACAUGGACGGCACUGAUAAACUGGAUCUGGGCUCCAUAUGGGACGAUCCUCGAGGAUACUACUCUUGUAAAUACGAUGACAAAGUUCUCAGUCUUACUGUCUAUGUUAGAAGUGAGUUCACGCUGACUCUCAGAGGAUUAUUCUCUACAGUUUGAAUUGUUGUGUAUUCAAAAUUAAUUAUAAGUGAAUUUCAAAUUAUAGGCCACAAUAGCCAGAAUCAGCCAGAUCAGAAAAAAUAUCAAAUUCCGCUGUUUUCAGUUUGGCUAUUUUGACCUAGAACUGGAAAAUCUGUUUGAAUUCACAUUGGAUUCCUGACAAAUCACAUUUUCAUUAUUAACCUGCAGAUCUUUUUCAAUGGGAGAGGACGUUUAAACAUAUUUUCAUGUUGAUAAUUAACUGGUCGCUGUGUUCUUGUCUGCCCCUCCUGAUGUGUCAAUUUGUCUCUUUAAGGAAGUAUUACUUUACUGAGAAGGUAGUGGAUGCAUGGAAUAGCCUUUCAGCUGAAGUGGUAGAUGUUAACACAGUGAGGGAGUUUAAGCAUGCAUGGGAUAGGCAUAAGGCUAUCCUAGCCUUAAGAUAAGGCCAGGGACUAAUGAAAGUAUUUAGAAUGGACCGAAUGAUUCUUAUCUGCCGUCACAUUCUAUGUUUCUAAUGCUUUUAAUGGAACACUCCAAGCACCAUAAUCACUACAGCACUGGCAGCCUCCUCGAGUAAGUAGUCAAUCCUUUUAAGAAUGGGUUGACACUUUACCUGACCCUACUAGAUGCCUGCUGGGAUCCCGCCAGGUGCAAGGAGCUUCCAUUAACUCCAUUAACUGCCUUACAGAGCCUGAUUCAUGAGCUGAGAAGCUCUCAGCCAUUGAGCGCAGACUAGCAUGGCAAGGCUUUGCUAAGUGGCAAGAGAUUCUUGAGGAAGGGGAGGAGGCAGCUUGUGCCUGCCAAUACCCAGGUAAUUAUCAAACCUUUUGUCUUGUGGUUUAUACACAGGUAUAUGCAAUGUAAUGUGUGUGUGUGUGUAUAUGACAUUAUAUGUGAAUGAAAACAUGUAUAAUGUGUCUUACUGAGAAAGGUGCAUUUUCUAAUUCCUUGCCAUGGCAACUCCACCAGGACACUAUAAAAGCAUUACUCUGCGCAUGCACUCUUCAUCUGUGACAUUUUUAAUAAGUAGCCCUUACUAUUUUCAUAUUCCUUACUUGCCAAAUUUUAAUAAGUAUUUAUUGAAAACAAUAAAGGAUAUUAUAAACAAGGACAAUAUAUUUAUGUUUUGUCAGCAAAAGUUAACUGUAUGUUUGCUGACAAAAUAAAUAAAUAUAUUGUCAUUGGUGCAUGUGCCAUGUGGUCAUAAACUAUGUAUGACAUGUACACGCUUUUAGGUUUUGCAAAACUUGUUUAAAGGGACACUAUAAUCAACAGAACCACUACAUUAAUUAAUGUAGUGGUUCUGGUGUCUAUAACCUGUCCCUGCAGACUGAUCACUGUAAACGCUGCCUAUUCAGAGAAAAGGCAUUGUUAACAUUGCUGCCUAGUAACACCUCUAGUGGCAGUCACUCAGAUGGCCACUAGAGGUGCUUCCUAUAUCAGUGUUGUACAGUGUGCAGCACUGGUGUUCAGCGUCUUUUUGUAAAUCACUUAAUAAAUCAAUACAAAUUAUAAUAGAAAAUAAUAAGAGACUCACCAGUGGUCCUGCAGAAUGUGCUGGGAAUGAUUGGAUACUGAGUCUGAAAAUUGUAAGUGGUGUGUGCAUGUGUAACCAUGUGGCCAUCAGAAGAGAAAUAAUGCUACUAAGUAACCAUAUGUCCUCAGUGGCUACUAGUGAAUAAGAAUAAAAAGCUGCAUAAUAUAUAAACAAUAAUAAUUUGUGAGAAAACCUAGUGAUGUAAAGUGAAAAAAUAUUUUUGAAAACAAAGUCCAGAAAUCUAGAAGAGAUUGGUGGAUAGACUGACCAGUUUGGAACAUUACAUAAGUUUGCAAGGCCUAAGAGUUUGACUGUUUUAUUCGUAGAAGUAACAUUUUAAUCCUCUGUUCUGGGCGUUUUGUCAAAAUGUACACAAAUCAAAUGUGACAGAAAAAUGUAGAUACCUGAAGGGGCAAACAUAAUCUUAAACAGGUGAUUAGACUUAAAAUAAUGUGACUGAAAUAUAAAAACAAAGGCACUCAGGGGUAACACAAUAGGCAGAUUUAACAGAAUAAAGUGUAACAGUCAAGAAGCAACUUUCGAUCCCUAACGAGGUCUUUGUCAAGCUUGAUAUUAUCUCUGAGUGACCAGACCUUCCUUUUUUUUCUACUGCUAUGUGGAGUUAUGCCAACCCUUGGCUCAGCUUCACCUUGUGGUCUUAAAGGUGAAGAAUAGUGGUUCCUAUCUCUCUUGGAAUAAUAUGUGAUUGCAAUUUGUCAUCACACCUAUACACCAUGCAGAGCAAGGCUUGAGUUAAAUAACCAAAGGCCAAGCAACAGUAGCAAAGGAAGAAGCAACUACCCAAAUUAAGCAGGUGUAGGUACAGAUAGGUAGAGGUGGCAUGUGUAUACUGUUUAGCGUGGAACCCAUGUGGUAAAUAGCCUUUAGAAGCUCAUAUUAAGCUCAUAUUAAUGUUUACAGAGACAUUAAAACUUUGGGCAGACACGACUAGUUGGUACACCUUACAUUUUGUAACGCGAGAAAUGCCACUAUUCACUAGUGUCGUCUAUUUUAGUGAUUGGCAUUUUUUGGUAAAGAUACAGAUAAUUGUGUAAACAAGCCCUAUGUAAGUGUAUACAUUAACAAUGACAUAAUAUCACAACCUUACAAAAAUUUAUAUAAAAGACAAGAAAUAAUGACAGGAAGCCAUAAAGUGAAAAGAAUGCUCACAUCGCUCCAAUAAUACUUGUUCUUUUUGCACCUAUGCCCUUCAAUUAGUGUGCCAGAACUGCAUUGAAGUGAACACUGGAACAAUCUCUGGGUUCCUCGUGGCUGAUUUAAUUAUGAUUGUCCUCAUUGCCAUGGCUGUAUAUUUUGUUUCUGGAUCAGAGACCCGCAGACCAGCUAGAGGUGAGAAAAUGCACGACUGAAAUAGGUGAUGAUUAGAAUUUAUUUAAACCAUUUUGGGAAGACUUAUCAAGGCAAAACAAUUGCUAUUGUGGAUAAAGAGUGCUAAAUGUUGAGACAUUCUUUUGGUUUCCAUAUUGUUAUUAUUUAGCAGAGUAGAACCAGAUGUUUGCUUUGAUAAAUCCCUUCCAUUGAGUGUUUUUUUGUGAUGUGUUGUAAAAUUGUAUAAUAUUUAUGUUUUAAAAUUAUAUUUAUGGACAUGACAUGUUGUGAUAGUUUGGGCUUACUAAAGCCUGUUCUAUGUUAGUACAGAAAGAUGAUGUGGAAUGUUGUACAGUGCUGGACUGGGACAAACAUUUGGCCUGGAUAUUUAAAUGAUACAUACUGUGUGUGUACGUUAGAGGGGCCAGGGGUUGUUUCCAGUGUGGGGCUGUUUGUAAUGUGUGUGGGUUACUGGCUAAUUUGUAGUGUGUUUGUCUGUGUGUGGUUAUGGGCUGUUUGUGGUGUGCUAUGUGUGUGUGGAUAGGGACUGUAUGUAUUGUGUGUGUGUGUGUAUGCAUGUAUGUUUCUAUCUAGAGAGUCUGUUUGUAGAAGGUGUGUGUUUGUCUAGGGGCUGUUUGAAGUGAGUGUGGAUAGGGCCUGUUUGUGUAGGUGUGUGUGGAUAGGGACUGCAUUUAGUUUAUGUUUGGGAAUCACACCUGUUUAUAGUAGGUAUAUGUUUCUGAGUCUGUGUUGAGAGGGUCUCUUUGUCAGCAGUGGACGUGUGGAUAUGGAUUUUUUGUAGUUUGUGUGUGUGUGUGGGGGGGGGGGAUUGUUUAGAGUUGGUAUGUGUGGUCUGGGGGAGUUAAAAAAUUAUCAAAGGACAACUGUCAUUACAUUUUAUCAUAUAAUAUUUUUAAAGUUAUGUUUAAUUAAAGUUAAUUAUAUUUUUUUAAUUCAGGAGUAUUGUUUUUGAUGAAUACUUGAUGAAUGCUGACACUGUUAGUCCGGUGGGCAGAUAAUUAUGGUCUGUGCCUCUGCCACGUUUAGAACACUUAUGUUGAGGUUAGAGCAUGCAGUGUAGGAGCAGUUCACGUGUACUACAACCUCCUGAUGACCCAGGAUUAGAGUGCACUGGCCAGGCCAGUCAGGAAGUAUUUGAUCUUCGCACCAGUCCAUGAAGGGCUACAGUGCCCUGUUUGGACUGGCGCUCCAGUAGCAUCAACCCUUUAUGGGCUGGUUGAAGAUCAUUUUAUGUCCCCAGUCUGCCUUGGCAUAUGUCUCAGCCAUCAUGUCUCUUCAGACAUUUGCCCGAUGGUCAAUCUGGGCCUAGUGGUAUAUUUAGGUAAUAAAGUUACUGUGGAUUACAUUUCUUAUAAUGCUCAGCAAUCCAGUUGUCAAGACCAGUGCCAAAGGGUAGCCAUCAGUGUUAUAAAACAUUUUUUGGGAUAUGUGCUAAAACUGACAAUAUGAACAUAUAUUGGAAAAAAUGUUUAAGCAUGUUACAUGACUGUCAUGCAUGCACUGAUAUUGUGUGUGUGAAGUGAACAUGUGUGUACUAUAUUACAAAUGGAUUGCAUUUCUUUGGUAUACUAUAUUGCAGCAGCUGCUGUAAUUUCCCCAUGAUUAAUAACUGUGUCUGAUCAAGUUUCGUUUUUUUUUUUUGCAGCAUCUGACAAACAAAUGCUGAUCCAAAAUGAGGACCCGUAUCAGGUAAGGGAAAAAAACUUGCCAGCAUAAAAAGAAAUUAAAGACAAAACAAUAUAGGCAAAUAACUACAAUAGUCAAUAAACAGCAGAAUUCUAUGAUAACAUCCAGGGCUGCCAUCAGAAAUGUUGGGGCCCCUGACACAGCUCAAGGUCUGGGCCCCCUGGUGCCUGCACCCGAGUCCGCCCAAAGUGCUGCCCCCCCCCCGAAUCCGCCCACAGGGAUGCAGUGUCUGCAGGGCCGGUGCAAGGAUUUUUGCCACCAUAGGCAAAAGUAAAGUUCGCCGCCCCCCCAUGUGACCUCACAAUGCCCCACCCAUAUGAUCUGCCAUGUUAACUAACACCAGUGCUGCAGUGCCGCCGUGUUUACAUUAAAAGGCCUGCAUGGUUGCAGUGGUUCUGGGGACUAUAGUGUCCCUUUAAUGUGAGGUAAAUUAGAGAUUAGUGACACGAAUAAUAUACUAGAUUGCCUACUUACAACCAGAUGAGGAUGAUGAUGGGCUCUAGCUGCCGUCUGGCUCCACUGGUCUGGUGUACAACAGGCUCUCUGGAGGCGGUUUGUAACUGUGGUCACAAAAAUCAAUGUUCUGGGAGACCGGGAAGCAGCUCCAUUUUUUUGAGGGCCCUUUACACAGCUCAAGGUCUGGGUCCCAGGGUCCACCUUCAUGUUCCACCAAUGAGUUUGUUCACAGGGAGUGGAGUGUGUGUGGGUGGGAUGUCCUGAUGUGUGUAAGGAAUGCAUUGUGUGAAUCUGUGUUUGUAUGUGUAAGGGCUGCAUUGAGUGUGUGUAAGGGGUGCAUUGUGUGUUGCUGUGUGUAAGGGAUGCAUUGCUUGUGUACGUGUGUCUGUGUGUAAUGCAUUGUGUGUUUUUCUGUGUGCAAGGGGUGCAUUGUGUGUGAUGGAUGUCAAUUUCUCCCCCUCCUCCCCGUCAAUUUCCUUCUCCCCCCCCCCUCCAAUUUCCUUCUUCUCCCCCUCCCUCUCCAAUUUCCUUCUUCCCCCCCUCCAAUUUCCUUCUUCUCCCCCUCCCUCUCAUUUCCUUCUCCCCCCUCCAAUUUCCUUCCUUCUCCCCUCCAAUUUCCUUCCUCUCCCCCGUCCCUCAAAUUUCCUUCCUCUCCCCCCGUCCCUCAAAUUUCCUUCCUCUCCCCGUCCUCAAAUUUCCUUCCUCUCUCCCUCCCUCAAAUUUCCUUCCUCUCACCCCUCCCUCAAAUUUCAUUCCUGCCCCUCCCUCCCAUUUCAAGAUGCUUCCUCCCUCUCCCAUUUAGUUCCUCCCCCACUCCCAUUUCAUUUCAUUCCCCCUCCCGUUUUCAUUUCAUUUCCCCCCCUCCCAUUUCAUUUCCCCCUCCCGUGCAUUUCCUUCCCCAUUUCAUUCCUUUCCCCAUUUCAUUCCUUCCCUCCAUUUUCAUACCUUUCCCCAUUUUGUUCCUUCCCCAUUUCAUUCUUCCCCAUCCCAUUUCAUUUCCUUUCCCCCCCCUCCCAUUUCAUUCGCAUUCCCCCCUCCCCAUUUCAUUUCCCUCAGUUUCAUUCCAUUUCAUUUCCUUUCCCCAUCCCAUUUCAUUCCUUUUCCCCUCUUGUUUUCAUUCCCCAUUUCAUUUCCUUUCCCUCCAUUUCAUUCCCCAUUUCAUUUCCUUUACUCCCUCCCUCAAAUUUCAUUCCUCCUCCCCCCCCCCCGACGGCUGACGGCGGACGGGCGCGCGCGCGAGGGAGCACUCUCUAUUGGCUCUAUCAAAUUUCCCUACCCCGUUAGAAAACCCUAGAACACCGGCAUCAGUACGCGGCGCGCGAGGGAGCUGAAGAGGAAGCACACAGAGAGUGCUCCAUCGCGCACCCGCCCGGUGUCAGGGCCAGCCUCUGGGGGGCCCUGAGGUGGCCGACUGCUGGGCCCCCCAGGAGAAGAGGCUGGCCCAGUGGGUACAUACCGGGGUCGCAGGACCCCCUGCGACCCGGUAUGUACCUACUGAAUGUGGGGCCCGGACGACCUUAGCAGUCCGGGCCCCCCAGGACCGCCGGGCCCAUGACAACCGUUGUGGUUGUCAUGCCCUGAUGGUGGCCCUGAUAACAUCACAUUCGUCUAAAGCAGUGUUGGAUUAUGAACCUACUGGGACUGGUUCUGAUAACUAUGAUGGAUCGAACAGAAGACUGCAGGAUGAAAAUUGUAAAGCAGCCAUAAUCUCCAAGUGUCCAAACGUCCGCCUGACCUAGGUUAUUUCGGGUAUGCUGCUUUCCUGGGAUACCAGAGUUAAUCUCAUCCCUUCUAAAUUUUGUCCCCAUGAAAUCUGUAUAUGAAGAGUACAAUGAGUGGUACAAGGGGCAUAUUAGUGAUGCAUCUUGCAUAUGGGGUGACAUGCAGUGUUGUUAGUACUGGGCUCUUGCAAGCCAAGCUGACGCAUAUAGGUGUUUCCUUGCUGAAGUAAUGCUAUAUUGGGUUCCUUGUACUGUUCUUAUAGCCGGAUAGUGAGGUGCAAGUUACCUUUAUGUAUACACAUACCCUCUCAUCUUUAAAUCCAAUCUAUUGUCGCCCAUUUUACAAUGCCCACAGCUCUCAACUCCUCUAUCUCUCUGCUUACAAACUCCAAGUUCUUCUCUUCUCAGCACUCACUUGUCUACUCCUCUCCUUCCCUUCUUACUAACAGGCCGAAGCUCCUGGUGUUCAGCCUGGGAUAGAGAAAGAGAUUGAUGUAGUGGGUGGCAGAACACUUGUAAAAUUCCACCUUCCUACCUGCUGUCAGGAGGAUGUUGGGCUAUUAGAGAGAUAGAAGCAGCAGGAGCAUUUGGCUAGUGCACAAGCCAUCAUUAAAGGAACACUAUAGGAUCCGGAACACAAACAUGUAUUUCUGACCCUAUAGUGUUAAAAUCACUAUCUAGUUCUCCAGACCCUUACUUGCUUCCGAAAAUAUAGUAAGAUCUUAUGUUAUUUCAUUACAUUUCUAUGAGGAGUUUAGCAAGAAAUGUAAUGAAAUAACGUAAGAUCUUACUAUAUUUUGGAAGCAAUAUACUAUAUUUUCUGCCCUCAAUCCACCUCCCUUGCUGACAUCAUCAGAAGUGAUGAUUUUGACCAAUCACAAUGCUUUCCCAUCAUCAAUUCUGAUUAUCUCUGCCAAGGAGGCAGGGCGGGGGGCGGAUCCAAACACCCCUGGCCAAUCAGCAUCUCCUCAAUGUGGCAACUGACGUUUAACGUGGAUAAGUGCAAGAUAAUGCAUCUUGGACGUAAAAACCCAAGGGCAGAGUACAGAAUAUUUGAUAGUCAGGGAUUCAGGGGUAAUUAUUUCAGAUGACUUAAAGGUAGGCAGACAAUGUAAUAGAGCAGAAGAAAAUGCUAGCAAUAUUAAAAAUAAUAUCAGGAAGUAUUACUUUACUGUGGAUGCAUGGAAUAGCCUUCCUGCUGAAGUGGUAGAGGCUAACACAGUAAAGGAGUUUAAGCAUACGUGGGAUAGGUAUAAGGCUCUCCUAGCUAUAAGAUAAGGCCAGGGACUAAUGAAAGUAUUUAGAAAAUUGGGCAGACUAGAUGGGCCGAAUGGUUCUCAUCCGCUGUCACAUUCUAUGCUUCUAUGUUUCAUGAAUCAAUGCUUCUCUUUGAGAGUGGAGACACUGAAUGGCAGUGCUGUAUACCAUCCAGCACUUCCCCAGGAAGCACCUCUAGUAGCCAUCUGAGGAGUGGCCACUGGAGGUCUUCCUAGGCUGCAAUGUCAGAGAAAAGGCAGUGUUUACAACAAAAAGUCUGCAUGGACUGACUAUAGACACCAUAACAACUACAUUAAGCUAUAGUUGUACUGGUGACUAUAGGUUCCCUUUAAGUUUAGGUUUGUUCCCCCACAUCCCUUCUAAGUUCCCAUAACCCCUACCUCUGCAAGAGUAUGAGAGAAAAGGGAUUUUUAAAAUUUCUCCUAUCUCAGGGCCAGAAGGUUAUGGGCAGAUAAUGCAGUUCAUAUAAAUUAGAGUUGACUCUCUUAUAUUAUACUAAUAAGAUAUAUAUAUAUAUAUAUAUAUAUAUAUAUAUAUAUAUUUAUUUAUUUUUUUCUUACUUGUGUGUCAUAGUCAGAAUCUCUACAUGAAUAGAGACGAUCCUGUGGAAACGUAUCUUAAAACUUUCCUGUAUAAAACUGUAUAAAAUGGGCAAACAUGCAAGUAUAACAGAACAUUCUCAACUGCUCACAUGAGCAUUUAACAGUGGAAAGGACCUUCCAGACAGCUAAAUCACUUGUGUGUCCUGUUUUUUCAUUUUACAAAAAGUGCAGAAUUCAAUAGAAAUUGGUCCAACUGAUCCUGUUACUUCCUGGUUGUUUAGUUAAUUUGAGCUAAAAUUGAUAGUGAGACCCCAGCAUAGAGUCUCCAUUCUCUUAUACAGUGAUCCCAACCAGGCGUCUCUGUGUCUGGGAGAUAAUUGAGUCAAGGAUUGGUAAGUUAAUUAUCUCCUGGAUAAAGAGAGCCGAACAUAGUAAAAUCCCGAAAACACAUAGAAGACCAUUAUGAACCCCCAAAAGUUUUAUAUCCCCAGAUAGCUCUUAAUGGAGCGCACAUGCUGUUCAAAUAGUGCUCUGAUCCGUGGGUUUUGUAGAAAUGUCACCCCGUUAAAGUUUAGACCAACCGCUGGCGUGGUUUCCUGCCAAAAAAGAUCCAGGUGUUUAAAGGUAUUAGCCGGUCUUUUAACAGGGUCUCUGGAUGGUUGUGAAAGGGGUGCUCCCCCUGGCUCAUAGGUCGCGAUUGUUCCUCCCUCCACCUAGUAGCUCUCCUCCAAAAAGUGCUCUCCUGGGGUAUUGGGAAAAGGGUAAAAAUUGAAUGCCAAGUUAACCGGGACAAGGUGGUCUGUGUGGCCAAGCUGUUGUUCCAGGGUGAACUCCUAAAAGUCCUGCUGACUCGUUCAGAAAUAGUGCAUGAAUAGACAGGAGAUAUGUGCCUGCUGGGCUUUUAUAGAGGGGAGGGAGAACAGAAAGCCAGGAAGUGUUAUAGUCCUUUCAGUACUUUUAGUGGGGUUUGCCACACCCUCUUUUGCCACUUUUGGUCUUACACCCUUUUAGAGUAUUUUACCCCCCCUUUUCUAUGUCUUACACCUCCUUGUGUGUCCUUACAACCCCCCUUGUGUAUCUCUUUCUCCCCCCGUACCCCUUUGUGUGUCUCUUUCCUCUCAAGGCAUACAGACAUAAAUAUACAGGCAAAAAUACAUACAUGUACAAAGACUCAAAGAUAUAGGCAACCAGAAACAAUUAUUCAGGCACACAGUAACAAAGAUAUACAGACAAACAGUUAUAAAAGGCAUACAAUCAAACAAACACAGUCAUACAGGCACACAGUCAUACAAUCUGUACAUACAGGAACAUACAAACACAGGCAUACAGUCUUACAGAGACAUACAGGCACUAUCAUACAGAGACAUACAUAUAUUGUCAUACAGGGACAUACAGACACAGUCAAAUAGAGACAUACAAACACAGAUAUAGACGCAGUCAUACAGAGACAUACUGACGCAUGUAUACAGUCAGAAUAAGGCAUACAAAGACAUAUGGACACAGUCAUACAUAGACAGGGAAGGCAGAGGGAAUCGAUAGUGCCAGGAAUACAACUUUGUAUUCCUGGCACUACAGUAUCCCUUUAAACAUUUUUUUUUUGCAUAAGUUAUCAGAAUGUUAACAUUCUGAAUGGUUUCAGCUUAAUUAGAUCACCAUCCUGCCACUUUAAUAAGAAACAAUCAUAAAAGGGCACGUUACAGGGCAGAGAAGUAUUAUUAAAGCCCAACUGUAUUUAUUUCUAGAAGUAUUCCUAGAGACAAUAUGCUAUAUAUUGAGGGCGAGCUUAUGUAAAAAGUUAAAGCGGCACUGUUACCGUCUUGGAACUUUGCUGAAUUCGCAAAGACCAGUUAAUGGCGACAGGGGUCCGGUGGCUAGGGGACAGGUAAAAGUAACUUUACUUACCUGAACCUGUCCCUUGCGGGCAUUGGCUUUUACAUUGCAGGGUUAACUGGAGUGGGACACUGCACCCAGACCACUUCAAUGAGAUGAAGUGGUCUUGGUGCAAAGAUGCAAAGUAACCAUUGCAGGAAGUAUAGCGAAUAUCAUUAGGGAAGUAUAUAAUAUAUAAAUUAUAUGUAUGCAUAAAUUAAAAUGAACUUUUGCACUGAGCUUUAAAAGAACAUGUUUACUUUAUGUAUUUGACUUUUUUUAAAAUUUAAUUAUAUCAUAUUUUCAAUUGGAGUAUGUUUUCUUUGCACAAAUAAUGUGUUAGGCUUUUUAUGUUGCUAUGAGCAUCACAGUUUUACAUCUCUUGCACUUAUUUACUUUUUCAGAAGCUGCAUAACAGACAAGAAUCGGCGUACAGCCAGCUGAACAACAGAAAAUAAGUUUAUUUUACAGAAUGGAAAAAUGCAAAGAUGCGAAUUUGCUGAGCUGCUGUUUUUUGUCUUGUGUAUCUUAAAUGGCACCCAUUAUGGAAACUCAACCUGUAUUCUGCUUUGCUCUGAUUAAAUGCGUAAAAAUAACGGAAAUCCUGUGGUGUUUUUGAGAGCAGCGGAAACCCCCACCUGUUACCUAACAGAAAACAAACAUGAAAGGAUGAG